GGUAAAUACUGUUAUAAACCGGUUCUGGAGCGGACCUGUUGUCCGAUGUACACAAUCAGAUGUGAUGCCCUUAACUUCAAACUCAGAAAAUCGCACAAAAAAGUGAUAAAAAAAUUGAAUGGAUUUAUAAUAAGCGGCGAAAAGUCGAGUAAAAGAAUUGAAAGUGAAAUACAGGUAAAGGAUGUGAUGGACAAUAGACCACAAGUCAAACCACUUUUCAAUGAGAAAGAGUCACAAAAUGAAUACAAAGGGAGUGCCGAACCAAACAAAGAGUCCGUUGAGAAGAUUAUUGACAAUGAUAUCAAUACUAGUGUUAAUGUCAUGAGUGGUGACCAUAAAAGUGAUGAUAAAGUGAUGGAAAGAAGGAAAGGAAAGGCGAAGAAUAUUAGGAAAGAGAGAAAAUUACGAAAAAUAAUGGCUAAAGAAAAAUGCGAUGAAAAGAGAGGACUGGAGAUAAUGAGUGAAAACUUUAGAAACAAAGCGAUCGCUAAAAACAAAUGCAAAUCACUUGAAGAUUAUUUGAAUGAAAUCGAGACUUCUUUGAAUGCAAAACAUAAACUUAAAGUAAUAUUUAUUUUGUGUAUACGUUUUGUGUCGACAACUACUGAGGAAUACAAACAGACUUUUGAAGAAAGCCAUGAAGUUUAUCGCAAAUACCAGAUGUCAAUACACGGCGACUCUCUGGACAAAUGCAGUUCAAAGCAAUACAAGAGAUUUCUAAUCGAUUCUCCUCUUGAGAAUGAGAGAUGUGUGACAAGUGAUGGAUUGCCCGAUCACUUGGGAUCUUUCCAUCAACAGUAUUGGUUGGAUAAUAAGCUUAUAGCCGUUGGAGUGAUUGAUGUAUUGCCUUAUUGUGUGUCCUCUGUAUACCUCUAUUACGAUCCCGAAUAUGACUUCUUAUCUCUUGGAACCUAUUCGGCUUUGAGGUUCACAUUCAAUGCUUUCUUAACUCAAACGUGA